ACACCAUAAUUAACUUUUUAUUGUAGUUAUGGGUGGUGCUGUUGUGUGUUUGUGUGCAAGAGAAUGUGUAUAUUGGAAGCCUCGCUUGGCUUCUAAAUAGAGUAGCCGUUCAUGACGCAGUUACAACGGCGAUAAAAUGUUGGCCAGAGACGGUGAAAAAUUCUACAUCAUCGCAGCAGAAAAAAAAUAUUUCGUUAUAAUUUCUACAACUGGCACCCAAAAGUAUCUUAUAAAUAUAGUUACUGUGAGUUUGGGAAUAACUACGAUUUAAAGCCAAUUAUUUAUUAAAAAUGUUGCAACCAACUUCACUUCGCUGUCGCUUAUGCAUAAAAAUUUGUACGGAUAAUCAGCAUCACAGACUCUAUGAUGAAGCAGGCCACACCAAUGAAACCUAUGAACUGAUGAGCCGGUAUUUUACAACCGCAAUGUUAAACAUGGCCUGGGACAAACAAUUCAGUCAUAUCUGUGAGUUAUGCUGGCAUCAUUUAAAGGAAUUUCAUGAAUUUCAACAGUUGGUGAUAGAGGCACAAACAACGCUGGGAAGUGAUCUGGGGAGCAGUACCAAAAAGCAAGCUGCUGAGUUUGAAGCGAUUGAGUCAAUCAAUAUUCACGAAUCAGACCCAAGUGAUAUGGAAUUUCAGGAAAUCCCUAUUGCCAAGUUGAAGAGGUCUCUUGAUAUUGAAAAGCCUAGAACUGCAACUGAAGGCAUUAAAAUGGCUGUGGUAUUAGAAGACAACAACUCUUCUAAACUUCUUAUGGCUACUCCAUCAAAGGAUGUUAUUGAUUCUGAAGCUGGGAUAUUAAAGGAAUUUUCAGAAAUGUCUUCAAUGCCAUUUAAAACAGAAGAAUUGUUAAUGGACCCUUUGGACAAUAGUCCACCUUCCCAAGCUUUUGUAAAACAAGAACCAAUGGAGGAAGUUUCCCAACAUAUACCAGAUUCCUUGAAAUCUCAAAACUUUUGCGAUCCAGACAAUGACAGUUGCUCAAGAUUUUCCAACAAUGAGUAUGAUUUUAGCCAAUCACCACUUUUAGAGGAACUAUCCCAGCAGGACAUGGCUGAAGAUCAACCCUCAGCGGAGAAGCAAUGCCGUAAAGUUAAAACUGUACAGGAAUCCGAUUGUCUGAUAUCCAAAUGGAAGCCUUAUUUGGAAUGUGUGGUAUGCGAGCAAAAACUUUUUAGCUUUACUUUGCUGCUGCAACACUUUCAGCAAGAACAUCCCUCUGCUGAAUGCCACAUUUUUUGUUGUCAAAAGAAGCUAAGACAUCGUUUGGAAAUCGAAAAACAUGUGGAAUAUCAUCAGGCCCCCAAGCGUCUAAGAUGUGAUAUAUGUUUCCUGGCUUUUACACGCUUCUAUGCGGUAAGUUUUCACAAGGAACAGAUGCAUGCUGCUAAGUCGGCCUUGCAAAGCUUUGAGUGCUCCCUCUGCAAUGCCAGUUUUCCUAAUAAUGAAUCCCUGCAGAGGCACAUACAACAAAACUGCCUGUAUGGGGAUGAAGGGAAUUUGGAGUUGUCGGAAACUGAGGCCCAACGCCAGAAACACAGACACAAGAAGGAAGACAAGAUACCCAGAACUGUGGAAGAAUUUGACAGCUUAAUAGCCAAGUGGAAGCCUUUAUUGUCCUGUGUUGUAUGUCAGCAGCAAGUGGACAGCUUUUCUAAGCUUUUACAACAUUUUCGAGAACUUCAUCCCUCGGAGGACUGUCACAUUUUGUGUUGUCAACACAAGCUGCGGCAUCGUUAUGAAAUCGAAAAACACAUAGACUAUCAUCAUACUCCUCCCAAGUUAAGAUGUGAUGAUUGUUGCCGUUCCUUCAAACGUGUCUACAGUCGAUCGAUGCACAUGCAACAGCACCACUCCGAACAGGGCAAGAGUUAUGAUUGUAAAAGAUGCUCGGCAAGGUUUAAGACCGCCAGCUAUUUGCGCCGUCAUUUCCAAAAGGGGAGUUGUCAAAAUGCCCCCGCAAAGGAUAUGAGAACGCAUCCCUUUGCCUGUAAACAAUGUGAUAGAUCCUAUAUGUCCUUGAACUCUUUGAAAAGGCAUUGUGCCAUCAUACAUACAGACAACGCCAGUAUAUUGCAUAGGUGUACCGUAUGCGAUAAGGCUUUCCGUUAUAAUUCCUAUAUACGCAAACAUAUGUGGAAACAACAUGGUGUAAAGUGGUCAAGUGAAUAUUCUACCUUGUCGGAAAUUGCCUCUGAAAUGGCAGAGGUGAAGCCGAGAAGAGGAGAGCAGCAAGAGGAAAUGGAGGAGGAGGAAGGAGAAGAGGAGGAGAAUGAGGAUGAGGGCAAUACCAUGAUUUCCCUGGUGGUGAAAUCGGAAACUUCAUGGGAUCUGGAGCAGAAUGAGGAGGCGCAGGAGUUUAAGGAGGAGGAAAAGAAGAAGAAACAAAAAGAAAAAGAGAAUAAGGAAGAGGAGAGAAAGAGGGAGCAGGAGGAGAAAAAUGGUGGAAAUGACGAGAAUAAGGAAGAGAAAAAGCAGCAGCAUUCCUCUCUAAAUGAAUCUCAAAAAGAAUUUCUCACUUCAGAUGAAGAUGAAUUGCCUUUGGCAGACUCUAAGAGUAAACUCUCACUCUCAAAAUUGAAAAAUUUUCAACUCAACACUCGCCAAGAUUUUGAUCGUCUCAUAGCUUUAUGGCGCCCAAAUUUGCCAUGUGUCAUUUGUGAUCAAAACCUUCAGACAUUUUCCCUAUUGCAAGAACAUUUCUCUCAAAGUCAUCCCUUAGAGAAAUGCCACAUUCGAUGUUGCGAGUUAGAGCUUUACUUUCGCUAUGAAAUUGAACAACAUAUACGCUAUCAUUGCACUGAUGAAAAACAUCGCUGCAAUAUCUGUUACCAAGUUUUUCAAGUAGACGUAGGCGUUAAAGAGCACAUGAUCAAGGUACAUGGGGCCAAGGCCAAUCGCAAGAAGAAAUUCAUUGAACGGAAUUUUCGUUGUGAAUUGUGUCAGCGUUCGUUUCGGAAUCGCAAAGCCUUGGGCCAACACAACUAUCUGCAGCAUCCUAAGCCAGGACAGCAAUCUCUCAAUUGUGAGAUAUGUGAUAAACCUUUUAAGGGUCUUACAGGACUGCGUGAACAUAUGUCCAUGCAUAAGGGUGAGACUAAACACGGCUGCCCUUGUUGUUCCAAGGUGUUUACAUACCGUGCUGAUGUGUACAGGCAUAUGAAAAGGCAUCAUCCCCAGGAAUGGGAGCAGACGCGUAAAGAGAAGAGGAAAAGAAAAUUUGAGAAUGAACAUAUACGUUAUGGUUGUCGAUUUUGUGCAAAAGAGUUUUGUUCCCAAGAAAUUUUGUUAAGGCAUCUAAAAGAAGAUCAUGCUAAGGAGGAGGCAGAGGGAUUAGAUGACAAUGGGGAGCAGGAAUUUCAGCAGUCUUUGACAUUUAAAGAAGAUUUGAACCUUAUGCCAACAGAAGAGUUUCAACCUUCGCCCAAUUACUGCCAAUCUACGGUGGAAAAUUUCCGCAUGUUCUCCUCAAAUCAAUAUUUGAUAGCCGAAGAGAAUGGCCAAGAAAUUUGUUUCAAAAUCGAAGAAGUCCCAGAGGAUGGUGAACAUCAACAAGAAGACUUUGAAGGAGAUUCUCUAAGUUUCGCUCAUGAAAAGAAUCCACAAACUUCCGUUCAAGACCAGGCAACCCAGGAUGCCAGGCUUGAAUUUGAGGAAAUUGUUCAACAAGAGUCACCAUGGGGAUUUAAUAUAAAAAAAGAAAUUCCAGAGAACAGCCAGCAACAAUACCAAGAUUAUGAAGUAAAUUCUCCAAGUUUCUCUCGAGAAACCCAACAACAAACUUUCCUUCAAGAUCAGAGCACCGAGGACUCCAAAUGCGAAUCCUUUUGUAGAACUAAAAUCCAAAAAACCCUAAGCCAACAGGAAUUUGAUCAUUUAGUCUCCGAAUGGAGACCCAAGUUAGAAUGUGAACUUUGCCAUAUAUCCUGUUCGCACUAUACUCAAUUAUUAGAACAUUUCACUCAGCAACAUGCUGUCGAGGAAUGUUUCAUAACUUGUUGUAAUCGUAAACUUCAAGGUCCUCAAUCCAUACAACCCCAUAUACUAUACCACAAAGCUUUGCCACACACCAGAUGUGAUUUAUGUUGCAAAACUUUUAAAACGAAUUUAAUUGCCCGUGAUCAUAGGAAUAGAGUACAUGGGAAAAAAAUCAUUAGCCAUAAGAGCAGAAUACAUGGGCCACCAACUAUUGACAGAAGAAAAAAAUCCCAAAAACAGAAGCCAAAAUUUAGCGAAGAGCAAGUCGAAGUUGCAAAAAUCUCUGAAGCCUGUUCUAGAAAAAGCAAUAGAAGUAAUUCCAAAAGUUGUCUUAAGGGAGAAGCAUUAAAUAGUUCUAGCCCGGACACAACAGCAGAAUCAUUGGAAACUUUUGAGGAAAAGAAGACCAAGUCAAAAGAAGAAUUUUUCGAUGAUGAUGACGAUGAUAAUGUUUCUUUACUUUCUGAAGUUGAAGAAAGCAUAACAAAAAUCUCUGUAUGUCAUGAAGAAAAUUUUAGGGAAAGCCAUAGAAACAUUUCGCUGACAUCCUCUAAAGUAGAAGCAAUGAAUAUUUCUAGCUUAAGAGAAACAUUGGAAAUUGGUAAAGGGGAAAAUAAGUCAAAUGUCGUUGGUAAAGAAGAAAUCUUAGAUGAUGAAAGAGCCAUACCAAAAAUCAAUGUAAGCGAUAAAGGAAGUUCUAGAAAACGCAUUAGAAACACUUCCCAGGCCUCUUCAAAAGAGGAAGCAAUGAAUAUUUCUGGUAUAGAAGAAUCCUUGGAAACUUUUAAAGAUAAAAGGCGGACUUACAGGGCCCAUUGUAGCCAAGAAACCUUAGAUGAUGAAAGUGCUUCAAAACUACCUAAAGUUAAUGAAGAUAUGCUAAAAAUCUCUGCAAGUGAUAUAGGAUGUUCAAGAAAAAGCAAUAGAAACAUUUCGCAGACCCCUAACAAAGGGGAAUCAUUGAAUAUUCUUAGCCUAGAUGUAACACCAAAAUCCUUGGAAGUUUUCAAAGAAGAGAAAAAGAAGAAGUCAAAAACCUAUUGCAAAGAAGAAACCUUAGAAGAUCAGACAGUUAAUAGCAGAGUUACAAAAACUUUUAAAACUCAUGAUAAAGAAGAAUAUAAUCAUGGUGAAUUACAAACAAUGGACGAAAUGAUUGACAAUUCUAUUUCGAAGACCAGUAAACAAAAUGAGACCAUAUCUGUUGCAGACAGAUCUUUGGAACCACUCAAUACCAUAAUACAAUUUAAGCACAAUACUGAAAUGAAGCAACAAAUAGAAAACAAGGAAACAUCAUUUGUAAAGCUGAAAGGUAUACCCAAGGCUAGAUUACGUACCAAUGUUUCCUCACCUAGUACUUCCCAUAACAAGCAAGAUAAGAGCGGAACUAUAGGUUAGAACUUACAUCAGUUGUUUGUGGUUAAUGAAGCAACAAAUAGAGAGAGAUAAGAGGAUAAGAGAGAGAGCAAGAUAAGAACGGAACUAUAGUUUAGAACUUACAUCAGCUGUUUGUGGUUAAAGUUGAGCAUACUCAAAUAACAGCGAUGAUUACAUGUCUACUAACAGUAUUGAAUCUUCAAUACAGUUUCAUUCCAAAGAACAAUUCACAAUAGGAUACACGAAUAUAAAGGUGCUAAGACAUCAACCUAGAAAAUUUGAUUUGCUUAUCUUGUCCAUUGAAUCCAUUAACAGUGAAGUUUUUGAGCUUCAAUGACCCAGGUUACCUAUCCUUUUGCUUGACAUCACUAAUAGUUAAAGAAAAUACUUUACCAUAAAAUGUAGGCAGAAUUAAGGAGAUAUUUUGUAUUAUAAGCUAUAGUAGAAGUAGUUGCAAUUGCUACACAUGCUCUCCUUUAUUAUAUGUAGGUGUUUAGUAUAAAAUAAAAUAAUAAUUAAAAAUCUGUAUACAUCUAAUAAAAGUAUAAGUAACGACUAAGAAUCUUAAAAAAAGAAUCAAAUAUACUAAAAAAAACUUUUUAA